CCUAAAUAGACGUCGCCUAGAACCAUUAUUCGAGGAGGAAACGGAAAGUGACGAGGAAAAAACUCAGCAGGAAAGUGAAGAAUUAAAAAAGGGGGAAACAACGACAAAUGGCCACUAUUUAGAGGAUUCGGAAGCUGGAAGUUCCAGCGAGGAGGAGCAGGAGGAGGAGGACGGGGAGGAGGAGAUGGAGAUGGAGGAUCAUGUGAAUACAGCGGACUACGAGGAGGAGGAGGACGGGGAUCUGACCUCAACGGAGGAACGUUGUCAACCUCAGCUGCAAACAACCAUUUUGGGUCCGCGACCCUUGACCAAGCCGGUGGCUGGAGCAAACGUUUUGCCUCCAGCAGUGCUGAAGGCCUCAUCCUGCGAGUACCUCUUGGAUCAGCGUAUGACCAGCAGCGUGGCUAUACCAACAGCGGCUACUAUGGAGCCGAUGAUGGCUAUAGCAGCCGACAACGUUAUAGCCAAAGUCGAAGCCGCAACCUGCUGGACGAAGAUGACGAAUGUUAUGACAACAACAAUAACAACAACAACAACAGCUACAGCAAUGAUGACAGCGAUGACAACAGUCGCAGUCACAGUCACAGCCACAAUGGCAACGGGGACCUGUUCUACGAUGGCCUCAACAACACCGACAACACCGAGUCCGGCAGUCUGGUCGGCAUCUACAACAACCAGCAGCGGGAACGUCAUUACCGAGAACGCGAACGACGCCAAAAUGCCAGCGCCAACACAAGUGGAAUUGGCGCCGGCGGCCCCGAAGACCGAAGCGAAAACCUUGCCACGACCAGCGAAAUUUACACCACCUCCACCGCCGCCACGUCGUCUCUUAUUGACUCAAACAAAUCUCAAGACAAGUGGAACGGAUACAAAAACAACAGCAAUAACAACAACAAAAGCGCCCCAACCUCAACGAAAAUCUGGCGUUUUUGCUGACACUGGCUCUUCGGUGGGUGUCAGAGGCGUCGACGCCUGCGUCGCCAGCCAUGCUACACCCACCGUGGCAAAUACACCCGCACCUCAACACACUGCAACGAUGACGAGCACAACGACGACGACGACCAAGACGAAGAUGACGACAGCGACACCGAAAAAUUCCAAGGUGGAGGAUGCCUGCGUUACCAGAAACUAUUCCGCAAACAACAAAAGCCGCAGCACAUGCGACUCAAUGAAACCUCCAACAGGCCAAGCAACGCCGCAGCAGCUGCCGGCAGCGGCGGAAUCACAACAACGACUAUCAUCAACAAUAAUCGAGACCUCACUGCUCAGUUUAAUGGACAACAGCAGCACCAGCAGCAGCAAAACCAAUCGGCCACACUGCACAUCAUCAACAACAGCUUCGAAGAUGAGGGCGAAAUGUCCCAUGAAACCCGAACGCAAACCGGUGACGACCACAACAACAACAACAGCCGCCACGACGACAACGACAAUGACAUCACGAGAUUUGGACCAGGAACUGCAAAUGGAGAUGCAACGCUCACCGGACGGACACGCAAAAGAUUCCACAUCGACCUGUGCACAGCCCGCAGCAGUUGGUUCGGCCUUAAGUCCUCGCCUAGAGAUGCGUUUGGCCCUCAAUCAGGAUAUAAUGGGGGACGAAGAUUUGAUAAGCUACGAUCCUGGGCCAGAUCUAACAACUAUUCUGGUGCACGACCUCUCAACAUUUCAUCGUCUGACGGGCAGAGAUUUAUUGAAUCGCUCGGCCAUGAAUCGGGUUCAACCAAAAGAGGCUGUCAUAUCGUACUCUCAACAGCGAAACUCGAAGAUGGAUACGCCCACAGUGAAUCGCAGGCCACGACCUCAUCUCAACAGCAACAACAACAACGGCAGUGCAAUCACCCCCACCACCGGCAUUCCCAUGCCUCCCACGACGACCACAACAAUUCCGGCGGCCUCGUCAAUGCCCUUCGCUGGUUCGGUACGUGUCGCCGACGUUCAACAACACCUGCAGCCAAAUCGAAAUACAUGGAGCAAUUUUGCAUUUGCGGAUCGAAACAGAGACGUGAACGCCAGCGACGCAAACAGCAAAGACGACAACAAGCUAAGCGAUCUCGAAAUCUUAGCGAGACGCGAGAAGAUAUACUGCAUGUCUCAAUUGAGGAGUGGCUCACGAGUCAGGACGACGACGACGAUGACGAUGACGUCGACGCGCAUAAUGGCCAGCACAACAACAAUAACAGCGACCGGCAGCAGUUCAUUGAACAAUCCUCUGACGAGGACGACGAGUACUACUUCGAUGGCCGGUGCGAGUGAGGAGCUGGGCAGUGGCAGUGGUAGCACGGCGAAAAAGAGCCAUAGUCGCCAGCGUAAAAUAAGUCGCGAUGAGACGGCUCUCAUGGAAACGGGCAAGGCUAAUAAGUUAAUAAAUUUCAUAAAACGUCGCAAUUCCGAAAUACCCCCGAGCGCCAAUAACUCACAAACCUCGCUUAAUGAUUCCAAUUCUAGUAGCACGCCUCAGCACAAGCAGACACCGAUGUCGCCACGCAAGGAUAAUGACAAACCGUCACUGAACCGCCGCCUCUGGAAGCAAAUUACAAAACGACGACGUUCUAAUUCUGUUUCCGAACUAGUGGCAUCUUAAGUCAAGUCUGGCAGCACCUUGACCACUUUUGUUCUGCACCCAGCAAUGCAAAAAAAAACAACCUUUGUGAUGUAAAUCCCGGCCAUGUUUUUUUUUUCUAAUUUAAAAAAAGAAAAAAAAAACAGCAAAUCUGAUUCCAAUGCCUAGUUGAACUAAGUAAAUGCGAAUUAUUUUCCCCCAGAUGUUGUAGUGUUAAGUAGAGUGAAGAUGAAGAAGAAAAAAAAUUGUAGUUUUUUUCAAUUGUAAAAUGAACUGAUUUACUAUUAGAUUAGGGCUUUGAAUGUAAAGAAAAAUUGAAAAGAAAAAACAAAAACAUACACCAAUUUUUUUAAGUGAAGAAACCAAAAAAGAGAAGCCGAAAAUAAUCAUGGUCAAUUAUGUUGCUUAAGAGGAGGAGGAGAGGAAAAAUAAAAAAUAUA